UCAGCGGUGUGUGUUUUGGAAGAGUUCCGUGUUCGGCCGCCAUGUUGGAAUACGUCGGUGCAAAUCAUGGCAGAAUUUCGGACGGAUUCCCCUGAUUAAACUACAAACAAGUUCACAAGACGGCCGCUUAGUACUGCUAGCAUCAUGGGAGAUACUUCAUACGGCUAUGAGCAGACUUUGAUGUACGGUCAGUUCAUGACCACACAGCUCCAGGAGUACGCCAAAGACCAAGCAUCCAGACUAAGGAAGGACAAGAAGAAAGAUAAAGAAGAGGACGAUGACUCAGACCUGAAAUCCUAUGAUGCAUCAAGACUAGGAACAAUCAAACGGUUUUUAAGGAGAUUUAGGCCAUGCUGGAUAAGGCUAGGCAGCGACUGGGUGUUUCUACUAUUAUUAGGCAUCAUUAUGGCCCUCAUCAGUUUCGCCCUGGACUUGGCUAUCGACAAAUGUCAGACAGCACAUAUCUGGCUGUUUGGGUUGUCUGACCACGUCAUGGUACAAUAUCUGGUAUGGGUGCUCUUUCCGCUGGUGCUAAUCACCUUCUCUGUGGGGUUCACGCACCUUGUGUCACCCCAUGCAAUAGGUUCUGGUAUCCCUGAAAUGAAGGUUAUCCUUAGAGGCACAGUGCUGUCCAGAUAUCUCUCACUCAGAACUCUUAUUGCCAAAGUGGUUGGUCUUUUAACAGCACUAGGAAGUGGGAUACCUAUUGGGAAAGAGGGUCCCUUUGUGCAUAUUGCAAGCAUGGUGUCUCGCUCACUGGGAAAGUUUCUUAUUUCAUUCAAGGGAAUUUACACCAAUGAAUCGAGGAACACCGAAAUGUUAGGAGCUGCUUGUGCUGUAGGGGUCUCCAGCUGUUUUGGCUCUCCUAUUGGAGGUGUCUUGUUCAGCAUAGAGGUAACUUCCACCUAUUUUGCUGUAAGGAACUACUGGAGAGGCUUCUUUGCUGCUGUGUGUGGAGCCUUUGCGUUCAGAUUACUUGCAGUCUUCAUCCAAGAAGAAGAGACCAUCACUGCCCUCUUCAAGACAAAUUUCAGAGUAGACUUCCCAUUUGAUAUUGAGGAGUUUAUUGCAUUUGCCUUGAUAGGGAUUGUUUGUGGGUUUGGUGGAGCAUUAUUUGUCUACACACAUCGUAAAAUAGUGGACUUGCACAGACUGUACAGAAAUACCAAAGUAGCAAGAUUCCUUCAAAGCAACCGUUUUAUCUACCCAGCUAUAGUGACAUUUGUGAUUGCUACUAUCACUUACCCCAAAGGGCUUGGCCAAUUCAUGGCAGGCCAGCUUACUCAGAAGGCAGCCUUGAAUGAACUCUUCUCCAAUACAACAUGGUCAGUGGCCAGGACGUCUAAAGACGCAUCUGAUAUUGAAGUCUUGCAACAUUGGGAUGGCGCCAACACUAACAUUUACGUCACCUUGGUUAUCUUCAUUGUCCUUAAGUUUAUUAUGUCUGCAGUUGCUGUGGCUCUGCCUAUACCUGCUGGAGUGUUCUUCCCAGUUUUUGUUAUUGGUGCUGCCUUUGGCCGGCUGGUAGGGGAAGCCAUGGCUACAUGGUUUCCUGACGGCGUGCGUUCUGGUGAUGUUGUCUUCCCAGUAGUACCUGGCGGUUAUGCAGUUGUUGGUGCAGCAGCCAUGUCUGGCGCUGUGACUCACACCAUUUCUACCUCUGUCAUCGUGUUUGAGCUUACAGGACAGAUUGCCCAUAUUCUUCCUGUCAUGAUAGCAGUACUGAUUGCUAAUGCUAUAGCGCAGUGGCUUCAGCCCUCGUUUUAUGACAGUAUUAUACAAAUCAAGUCUUUGCCAUAUCUUCCAGAUGUCACGAAGACAAAUGUGUACAACUUAAUGGUAGCUGAUAUCAUGAAGACAAAUCUAUACUACAUUACCUACCAGUCAACAUAUGCAGAGCUGAAAAUGAUUCUGGACAAGUCCACGCAUAGGUCCUACCCUCUUGUAGAUGCACCAGAUUCUAUGAUCCUCCUUGGCUCCAUCCAAAGGCCUCAGCUAAUGUCACUACUAAACCAGCAUGUUAACCGAGCCUUGCAAGCCAGUAGCCGCGCCGAGAGUGAGGAUGCCUUAUGCAGCCGCCCAGACUCACCUGACUCUACAACCGCACUUGAGCCAAGUGAAUCGUCUAAUACUGGUGCUGCAGUAUUACAAGUGGAGGCUCAAAUCUCUGUACAGUCAAGGGAGGCGAAAGAUGCCAAGCGUUCGUCAUUAAUGGGCAAGAUCCCAGUCCCCCAACGACUUCACAAGCUGUUUGGCAGCGGCAAUAUCAGUGACUUGGAGAAAAUUUCCAACUCCACCGAUCGUGACAGUCCCACAGACCAGCAUGCUCAGUGGGAGCGAGAAAUCAUGCAGAAGCCGAUUGACUUCAACGCAUGCCAGAUAGACCCAGCCCCCUUCCAGCUUGUGGAGAGGACCUCGCUUCUCAAGGUCCACAAGCUGUUCGCUCUCCUCAAUCUUUCCCACGCUUACGUCACAACUCUUGGUAGACUGUCUGGCGUCGUCUCCUUGAAAGAGCUUCGCCUGGCUAUCGAGGGCGAAAAGUACUUGGAUUCCGCAGAUGUCAAUAACACCAAACAAGGACCUGCUAAUCUCGAAUUCUCCCAAAGGGAUGCUCAGGAUAUAAUGUUAGAGCCUAAAGUAAAAACCCCGACAAACCGUCCAGUCCAGGAUGCGCAGGAAAUAUAAGUCGACUGCCAAUACUUGGUCGCUUACCAUAUCCAUUGGGGCUAUUACAUACUUCUAGGAGGAUGUUGAAUUAAACGCGCCGCUAUAUCUAAGAAAACAGAAUGAGUGGCACAGAAAGUGGUGUGAUACUUGUUGCUUGUCAUGUUGGAAAUUACCAUUUCACAUAGUUCUUUCACACAAAGUUAUCCGUGUAAUAACGAGUGGUUGAAAACAUGGAUUGGUUUGCUGAUGGCGCACUAGAUGUCAUACUGUAACGAUACGUGAUCGAUGCCGAGGUGUUGUGUGUGUUGUCAUGAACGUUGAGCAUUCAUGUAGUCAGCGGCCAUGCUUCAACUCAUAACCUCGAUGACCUUGCCACGUGAUAAGGCCGCCUUGCAAUUUGAUAAAGCCGCCUUGCCACGUGAUAAGGAUGCCUUGCCAUGUGAUAAGGCCGCCUUGCCACGUGAUAAGGCCGCCUUGCCAUGUGAUAAGGCCGCCUUGCCACGUGAUAAGGCCGCCUUGCCAUGUGAUAAGGCCGCCUUGCCACGUGAUAAGGACGCCUUGCCAUGUGAUGAUGCCGCUUUGCCAUGUGAUAAGGUCUCCUAGUUCUUUAUCGUGGGUGAGGGAUAGACUAUUAACUGUACAUUAAACAUUUAUUUUUAUACUCUUGUUAUUUGACAUGAUUGGGAAAUAUUAACUUCCAUUGAAAUAUUAAAUAUAAUGCAAAACAUAUUUCACUUCUUAUAAUAACAAAAAAAUGUAGGAUAGUCAAAUGAAAGCGCUUUAUUUGAUUAAAAAAUAUUUAUUGUG